UCGCAAGGACUAUUAUUCCACCAGGCGAUGGUGGACUGUGCAAGAGCGGCCAUAUUGAUACCGUUGGCACACAGCCUCCUUUAUUGUGUACCGGUGAAAAAAUGUAGCCUGGUCGAAACCGCGUUCCUGUUGCUGGUCACCGUGUCCACAAUAAACAUGCUAACCAUCGUCCUUAACGAUUCGCCGGUAUUUCCGGAGGAUGAUGAAGAAGACGGCUAUCAGGUGUCUUCGGUUCCACUAUUGUUGGAUUCGCCGCAAUGCGUCGUGUUCGGUACGUUCAUGAUAUGGUUCGCGGCCAUCACCAUCAACCUGGGCCCGACGUUCAUGAGCGGUGCGCUUGCCGCCGGCGCCGAGGUGACCAGGGACAAGCCAGGCUGUCCGCUCGUACACGGUCCGUUCCGGCACUACAUACUCAACGCUUUGUGGAUAAUCAUCAACCUGCUGUGCGUGCUGCUCACGCUGUUCCAUUUGCGCAAGCUGCACAGGGACCUGACCAAGGCAAACGUGGAAGCUGUCAGAGUGGCCGGACUUGUCACCACGUUGGUAAACGUAACCGGCAACAACUACUCGGACCCGCGGCAUGCACCCAGAAGAAGCUUGGGUGCGGUGGAAGAGCACCAAAGGAUGCGCAACUACUUGUUGCGAAUUGAGAGAGAAGGAGUCCAAAAGGUCAAGAUGUUCGUAGUAAUUACUGCAGCGUAUGUGAUCUUUUGGGGACCAUUAUUUUUCGUCACGUUGGUACAACAUCCGCUAUCCGGCAAUCGUUCCGACUACGAGUCGUUGCUGCAGGUGACGCUGCACGUGGCCAAUGGCCAUUCGUUCGUCAACGCUAUGCUGUUCCUGGUGCUGCACCGAGGACUUCGGCAGGCGGCCGCCGACGCUUGCUGCACCAGCAUGUCCACGGUGGCCAGGUGGCUGACGGCCGGGUGGUCACCGGAACCGUACACGCUGGACACGUCAAUGCCGGGAAUGUCACCCGAGCCCGUAUUGGCCGCGCCACCGCCACCGCCGCCCACCAGUCUGCCUGCGUACACCAUUCGGCACACUUCGAUGAGGACUCGGUCGAUGAAUCGUUUCCCGGCGGCGCAUCACCGGGACCUGCACUACGAUUACCAUUCGUCACAUCCCAACCUACACGACAUGUCAGGCAUCAACAUGGGCCGGUUGUACAACAGUCACGAAUACCUGCCGAACGAUUACCGCAGAUACAAUCAUUACUAUCAUCACCGGGAAACGCCUCCAUGCUCGUCGCCCGAAUGAUUUUAUUUCUCGUCAUCGUCGUUGUCGUCUUUCCCGCGUGUUCGUAUCGUUCCCGUUUCACGGCCAUCCGGCCGUCGUCACCCGACUAAAUCGCAAGAAUAAAAUCCAUAAAAAAUAAAUAAAUCUUCUGAAAUCAUUCUUCCGCGCGCGAGCGUGUCUAGGACUUAGGAGGCGGCUUUGGUGGCGGCUUUGGUGGCGGUAGUGUCGUAGGUUGCGCGUGUGGGCAGGCGGGUCGGUCAUAUAUAACGAGCCCAUGACUACGAGGGGAUUUCACCCACCCUCGAGUCACCGAACACCACCACGACUUUGGCGGUGGUGGCGGCGGAUAUCGAACGAACAACCGCGAUAGACCGACCGACCGGCGGCGAACCGAAAAUCCGCUCGCAAAACGAUGUGGGCACAAUUUCACGCAAGUAUUAUUAUGCGUACACUGCUAUCAUAAUUAUUAUACCAUAUCGACUUUACGUCAUUCAAUAAUUAUUGUUUCCGGGUAUUUAAUAUAAUAUACCAACUACGACCAAUUUACUUACCUGUAUAUCAAUCUUAGCGAGUUUCAUAUCGUUCCACGCAUUUUUUUUUUAAAUGUAUCUCACACGCCGCGUCGCCGCCACCCUGGGCCUCCCCUUUCACCGCCAUCCACGCGUUCCCACACACAACCACUUUGGCCUACUUUUCGACCACCGUCGCCGUCGUCCCCGGAAAUACCGCUCACUGGGCGCUCAGCCUGUUCUGUUUUCGAAUAUACUUUUUUGUGCUAGCACAUUCUCAUCAUUAUUUUUUACUUAAUUAUAUACAUUAUAUUAUAUUAUAUUAUAAAAACUAAACCAUUACCAUUAUUAUUAUUAU